CAAUUCUGAAGAAAGAACCCGAAUUAGGUCGGUUCGGAGAAUCAAGGAAUUUACGCCGACAUUACUCUCCAGUUGAUAUAAAUUCCCCCAACUUUAAAAGAAACAUAGAGUUACAGAAGAGGCGGCAAGAAGAGUGUGGGUACGCAAUGUCAACUGCGGAUGGUGAUGUCUCAGAAAGCCUAUCUGAUAUUGACGAUGCAGAGGGUAAAAAUUAAUGGAAGACAAAAGCAGUGAUCCUGAAACGGAAAGUUACCCCCUGCCCAUGAUCCAUCAGCUUUCUUCAAGAUCACUUCCAUCAUAGCCACUUGGUCGUUGGGUACCUUAACAGCAAGCAGGCGGCACUGUUUAAAAGAAUGAUUUGGGAAGCAAUGAACAAGGACUAUAAUAAGGGAAAGAGUAGAAAACGAGCCAGAAUGGCCAAGAAAGCUGCUCCCGCAAAAAAGCCAGAAAAGGCUGUCAAAAUUUCUACUGUGAUGGAUACUAAGAUUAGGCUGAGUUCAAAAAUCAACUAUGAUGCUUUGGAUAAAUUAAACGAAGAGCUUGGUUAUGCACCUGCAUUCGAAGAAGGCACGAAUUCUAAUUGUGGCUGUCAUGGUGAUAUGCAAUUGUCAAAUGAGAAGAAGAACAGUUUUGAAGGCAGUCAUGAUGAUGAGUUUGGGCAUGAAAGUAAUGGAUACAGUGAAGAGGCUGAAGCCAGACAAGGCCAUGAUGAUGAUACAUAUGUUGCAAAUGACGAAUAUAAUGGAUGCAACUAUGAUGAUGAAUACAAUUACAAUGAGGAAUGCGAUUUUGACGAAUUAUGACUCAAA